AUGCCAGCAGGGCCAUAUCCCACAGCGUUCGACGCUGUCGUAACUCAUACAGCACCGACUGAACCUCGCAAUGACAUUCGGCGACCACUAUCAGCGGCGCCUUCCUACACCUCACUCCCACCUUAUUCGUCCACAAACCCAAUGGAAUCGCAAUCAGUGUCAAAUCCGUUGCUCGCAGCCGCUCAUGCAACGCCCGGUGCGCUGAUAUCGACUAUGACUCUGACCAACCAUACAUCGACACAGGCUCGACAUCCGCACAUCGGGACCGCUAUGCACGUCUCUCGUUAUCUUUCUGCUCGGACGAGCGACAACCGGGAGCGCUAUCGUCUAGAGAGCGUCGACGGAAGUCUUGAGAGUAUCGUGUGGCGAGAUGCGACACUUAACGGGCACCAUAGCUUGGAUGCGACGGGUAAAGAUAUUGUCGGUCGUCUCGUAGGCGGCAGCCAGGAGCUGAGCGCCAUAAUAGGACCCGGCAGCAAGAGUGCCUCGCAGCGUCCGUUCAUUAGUAUGAAUUACGUGGCAAUACAGAAGACUGGCAGGCUUGAAGUGCCUGCAUUCACGGUCGAGGGACAGCAUGUUGGCAUGAAGUGGGAGGUCGUGGGUCUGGCGGACUCCGUCAGAAACUCGACCAAUCUCGCUCGUGCUGGAGACAUGGUGGCUGGUAGAAGGAGCUCAUCGGGAACAUUGCCUUCACGGGUCUCCAUGGAUGCUCACGACCAGAAACGCCAACACGCUGGCAUCUCAUUCCUUCGCUUGGUUGACAACGACGGCAAUGUCUAUGCUGAAUACAGUCACGACGUUGGCCUGCCCGAUUUGCAUAAAGAUGGUGAGUUAUGGGGCGAGUUGAGGCUAUACGCCAGGUCAGUGUUGAUCGACGGUGAACCGGGCGGUGGGCUCGGGGAGAAAAUGGAUCGUGCCUUCCUGACCCUUGUGCUCUUGCUAGAAGCAUCUGUGAGAGUUCUAGGAGGCAACAAGAAGGGAGAGCGGAAUUGGGGCAACUUUGCUGGCUCAAUGGGCUGUAUAGUGAUGUGA